UGACUGUGGUAACACCGAUUCUCUAGCUUAAGAGUUCUCGAUGAAGAGUCAGACAUGCGCGAGGACAUCCUAAGGACUGCUCUGUAGAUUGCAGUGGAUUCAAGUUCUGGAUUAAGGAUUGUAAGAGGCCAAAACAAGUUGCGAAGAUGAUUCUUGCCUCAGCACAACGCGCAACUGCAAGUGUGAUUAACACCUUGCUCCCGUACAAUGGGGUCGUCGAAAAUGGACUGCAAUGCAUUUGUCGGGACACUGUGUCGCGGCCCACGACUAAUAAUUUGAAAACUUCUAAAGACUUGGAGACUGUAAAGGACAACCGAUCGCCUCGUCCAACAAGUAUAGGGCGUGUAACGACGUCAAGCAAUGGUUUCCAGAGCCACUUUUCCGGAAGCGCCCAAGCAGGGGGAUCAAAUGCCAGUACUCCCGAGUCUUCGUUGGACUUUGCCCCGCUGUCCGAGUCCUUAAUUACUCCUAGUCGUGGAGUGCUGGAGGAUGACACAAGAAACCUUUUAAACGUUUUCUUUCGCAGUUACACUGGUCUAAAACAUCCACGGUGUUCUCAACCUAAGGCGCUAGCCUCGAUUGACCGUGUGGUGAAAAGCUUAGUCACGAAGCACGAGAUUGCAUACAAAGGUAUGAUCAAAAGACUCAACUUUGAUGGAAUGGGGGAUGACAUGAGCUUCAUCUCCGCUGUGGCCAGAGAUAUUUUCCUUGAUGGCAUCAAUUGGGGACGGAUAGCCAGCUUGUUGGCCUUUGGUGCAGUGCUGUGCAGUCAGUUGAAAAGCAGGGGACAAGAACGCUGCAUUGACCAAGUGGGCAGCCUGAUCUCCUCUUACCUGCUCUCAGACCAACGGGACUGGUUUAUCAACAACAAACAAUGGGACGGAUUUGUGCAGUUCUUUCACGAGGAGGACCCAGAGUUUGGUGUGCGAGGGGCACUCAUGACGCUUGCAGGAAUGGCUGGGAUUGGAGCAGGACUGGCAUUUCUCAUCAGAUGAUUAUGUUUAAACUUCAAGAGAUGAGUAAUCUGUCAACAUGGCACAGAUCUCGGGAUCUGAGAAACCUCAGUGAAAAUAAGUGAUGACUGCCUUUUUAUGUCAAAUACGGACUGAGUUUGCUUUUUGACUAAAAGGAGCAGUUGGAAGUGAGAGGUUGGACUGAAAAUGCACAUUUGAACAUUGAGAGCACAUGAUCCACGUUUUAUGGAUCCUUUAUGCAUAUAUUUAUUUUUGUAUUAAAUAUUUUUGGAAAAAUUAUUCUGGGUUAGCAUCAAGUGUUGUUACUAGCCUUCACACUUCACCAGGUAGAGGUGAUAAGAUAAAAGGAAAAACUAUUAUUCUUUAAAAUUUCAAGUUUCUCUGCAGUUGACUUUGUGCCUAUAAUCAUUAUUAUGUACAGUGAAUGAAAAUGAAAGAAAAUAAUCAUCCAUUAGACUGGUUAGUCCACUCUGUGCAACUGCAAUUAGUUCAAGUCAACCAUUGCACCUUGACAUCACACAGUCAUGCCCUAUACUAACAGUGACGUUCAAGAUCAGAUGUAUUGGUUUGAAUUGAGUUUACAGACUCUUAUUGUAUUUUUUUUUUCUCUUGGUUAAAUUUGUUGUCUCAUGGACUUUACCAUCUUUACUAUAGUUUUCUUCAGUCAGUAUAUCUGGCUUGAUUGUGCUUUGUAGUUAUCCUAGCACAGCUUAAGGAUGAGGUUCAAGCAGGAACUAAAAAGUAGAUUCAAAGAUUGGCCUGUUUUACAUGUAAUGACUGUGACCUCAUAAAGUUUCUUCCUUGUAGUUCAUUCAUAGUUUUUAAGUUCCUGAUGUGGGGAGAGGGUACAGUUAUCACACCGUGAUGGGAUUUACUCAGCCAUUAAGAGAAGAGUGGGAUAAACACCUUCUUGAUUGACCCAGUGAUUGGCAUUUAGUCACAUUAUCUCAGCUCAAUCACAGCCACACACAGUACCAAACCCAAUCACGUUCACAAAUACAUCACAAAUAAAUCUGGUGUCGCACACGGAAUUACAGCUUU